UGACCGGAAGUGGUCCCGCGGGGAGGAGAGCUACCCUGGGAGCCCCGCGAGCGGGCGGUCGUGGCAGAAGGAAACGGGCGGCAGGCGGGUAGCCCGCGUACCUGGGACCAAUUGUGGCCUGAUAAUUGUGACCAUGUCUACGGGGAUAAUAUGCCGAAGAUUUUCAGGGCGAUCUUGCAGGACAGCUGCAUUUUCCACUGCAACCAAGGCGGAGACCACGAAGAUCUUCCCAAAAGGAGAAGAGGGCCACGGCACCAAAAGAGGAGGCAGAGAUUCUAAACCUGCUGUUGCACUCAAACCUUGGAAGCCUCCAGGUUACUGGUUAAAUUAUUAUCCCUCCGCUUCCCUGGAAACUAAGUGUCUGCUUCACAAGGGUGCCUCCCAAGGUGUGACAGAAGGAUCGCUCGAAUAUGUUUGCUCCAGAACUAGUAUUAAACGCAUCCAGAAUAUACACAGUGUCACCCGUCCCUCAAGGCUUCCAAGAAUAAAGAACAUGCUUCUGGAUUUGGAAAACAGCAAGGCUUUCUGCACUCAAGCUUCCCUGAGGGAGCCACUGGUACAGUCCCCCAUAAAGAAUGACAGGGAUGAGGUCCAUUUAGAGGCUUAUGGUGGUAAGGAAGUGGCUAGACAAUUCCAGAAGCAAAGGCCUGAAUACAAAUCUCUGUGUUACAACCACGGCAAGUGCCUUCAGCCCCUUUCUGUCGAGGAAUGUCAUCUUAUCCUACAGAAAGUCUCUGUGCUGAAAGAACGCAUGAAACCAGAAGCCCUUGCAGACGCUUUCUUCAGGUUGAGCCAUUUGCCAGCAGAAAAACACCAAGCCAUAAAGUCCAGUGCCAAAUUUGCUGUGCUGUGUCGGAGUGUAGUUAGCAGCAUUCAGCUGUUUGAGACUCCUGAGCUGAUUGUGCUUUUAAACGCCUUUGUCUCCUUAGGCAUUCCGCCCAUCCAUCGUAUGUUGAAGGUCGUUGAAACCGAGUGUUGCCGACGGGUCGGGCACCUGAGCUUGGAUCAGCAGUUGCUAGUAGCUGAUCUGUGGCGUUGCUUGAAUUGCAAGGUCCCUCAAUAUUUAGAUGCUGUGCUGAACUAUAUUAACGCGAGCUGGAAAGAUCUGUCUUUGCCCCAGUUGGUUCAGCUAGUCUACAUCGUUGGCGAAGGCCGCAAGGCCCCCGAAGAGUUAAUAAAGAAGCUAGAGGCCUCGGUGGUAAAGCACUUGGAUUCCCUCAGCCUAGAGGAAGUAGGUAUCAUCUGCUUAGGGUUCUUCAAGUCACAAAGUCAUAUGUCCGAACCCCUCAUGCGAAAAAUUGGAGAUAAAAUUUGUGGCCGCCUGGGAGACAUGAGCAGUUUUGCCAUAGUGAAUGUCCUCAAAAUGUUCCGUGGUGUUCACGUUGAUCACGUUGACUUUUUAAAGCAGCUGGGGCACGUUCUUCCUCCUCGAGUAUCGACUAUCAGCAUUCAGGGGGUGAUGCACGUUGCGUUUGCUUGCUCCUCCUUGCAUUAUUGCGAUGAAAAUAUCAUGAACGCCGUUGCUGCUGCUGUUCCUCCCAAGGCCGCGUCUUGCCGAACCAAAGACAUUGCCAAAUUGUUGUGGUCUUUUGGGAACUUGAACUACGAGCCUCCCAAUGCAGAAGAAUUCUAUGCCAGCCUGGGGGAACAGUUGGAGUCGAGGCUGUUUGAAUAUAAUAAAUUCCCUGAGCAUUUGAUCACCUCCUUAAUUGGCUUGGCCUUUGUACAGCGGUUCCCGUACGACUUGCUCGAUUAUGCUUUGAGUCCCGAGUUCAUCAAAUUAAGCGGCGUGUCUAAAUAUGACCUGUCAAAGGAUUUUUUUACCCUCAACGGUGCGGUGGAAAUUGAGUGUCCACGCUAUACUGGCAGUCGUCUCACAACACAAAAUAAGCAGGAGAUGGCAGAAAAAAUGCAGAACUAUGUCGUGAAGCAGGAAUUCGCUGUAGCUUGGUCUCUCCUCGAGGACAUGUUGGGUGGCUCCCAGUUUGUCAAGCUCCAUGCAGUCUUGCCUCAUGUCAGAUCCGUUGAUUUAGAAAUUCGUUUAGACUCCAACCAAAAGCCAUUGCCAUUUAAUUCAAAAGGUGCAACCACAGGACACCCAGAACUGAAGAAGAAUGGCAUGUUCCUCACAGACAAAAUAAUUCAUCAGCUUUUGAAAGGGAAAUCGGUCAGCCAGCCCAUCCCAGGUGAUCGCAAAAGCAAGCAAGAUAUGCAUAGUCAGAAAAGGGCAGACUCUCAUGAACUGCCUGUUUGGAAUAGUUGGGAAUUUUCUGACGGGAUUUUGCUUGCUGGCCCCAGUUUGAACACUUUGGUCGAUACACAAGCUGAAGGUCUCCCCUCUGUGAUAAACCAGGAGCAGCAGAAAUGUGUGAAAUUAGCUCUUCAGGUAACCAACAGAAACCAAUACAGGUAUCACUCAAGAGAGCUGCUGGGGCUCCACUCUAUGAAAAGGAGACAACUCCGACAAAUUGGAUAUAUACCAGUAGAAUUGCCUUUCUGGGAAUGGUUUCCGUUACUUAAAUGUAGCCGCGAGGAGCAGCUGAUGUAUUUGUGCCAGAAAGUGUAUGAAAGGUAGCAAAAACAUGAAAUUGAGCCAGCCAUCUAAAAGCCCUUAUGCGAACGACUUGAGUUUUAGCCAUGCUGCUUGAAAUGACAUAGCUGGAUGUCCUUCAACUGGAUAACACCUGGUGUUUCUAAGCCGUUAAUUUCUGUUCUCUCUUUCCAGGGACAUAGUCAAUGCUCUU